GGAAGCGCCUGUCACCCGUUAGCAGACAUGGAGGUCUUCGCUCUAUACCCGGGGGUCCUGUUAUAAAUCGGAUUACUGAAUGUGAAGUGACGUGAGAUGGCAGGCGUGUUUCUGGUGACUUUGUUCGAGUACUCCCCGCUGUUUUACAUCAGUGUCAUUUCGUUGUGUUUCGUCGUCACCGCCGCCAUGGUGCUCGGCUGGUUUGGUUUUGAUGUUCCGGUGAUCCUGCACAGUUCAGAUGAAACAGAGUCUGUCCUACCUGCCCCAGAGAAGAGGAUGGUCCAGGUGACCAACCCCUUUGCCCUGGAGAUGGGCUCUGGCCUGGCCUCUGUCGCCGACGGUGCAUCCUUGAGGCCUUGCUGCCUUGAGCCCUGCAUCCUGACCUGUUUCUGGGGCUGUGGGGUCCAUGCCCUGCAGGAGGCGCUACAGGCCCACCAGUAUGGCCCCCGGCUCAGCAACCCCCAACAGUUCAAGGAGGCACUGUCUUUCCAGUACCUCCACUGCCAGAGCUUCCGACUUGGCAGGGAGGACAGACAGCCGCGCCACACGGAGAUGCCUGCUGAGCUCGCGGUCACGGAUUUUGGUCCUUUGCCGAGAGAGCGCUACCCGCUAGUAGCCGUGCUGACGCUCGCAGAGCCAGAAGCCAGGGAGACGUACAACAUUGUGGCCAGUGUCACAGUUGUUCACAUUCCUGAUGAGAAGUAUGCACUUUCUGCAAGGAUCCUAUUCCAGCACCUUCUCACCUCACAAGGGAACAUGUAUGAGUUGAAGCCUCUCUUCAUGUCAGCUGAGAGCAGCGACGUGUCCGGGUCGCCCGAGCCUCAGCCUACUGCCGAGGUCCAGGAACUGCAGGACACGGAAUGCGACGAAGGCGGUCCGAGGAUGGAGGAGGAAGAAGAGGAGCCGGACCGUCAUGAGAGGAGAGGCAGGGACUGUGUGGUGUGUCAGAACGCGCCCAUGAACCGCGUGCUGCUGCCCUGCAGACACGCGUGUGUGUGCGACAGCUGCGUGUCGCACUUCCAGCACUGCCCGAUAUGCCGGGCAUACGUGCUGGAGUCCUUCACCCUGUCUCAGAGACCUCCCGCGGAAGAGGACCUCAACCCCACCAUGGAGGGAGAAUAAGUUUCCAUUUAACAAUUAUUUAUUAACACAGUAUUGUCUGUGUUGCGCGAUACUGUACAGCGAGUAUAACGAGUCGGCUCUAGUACGAGUGUACUGAGCAAGUGAGCAUGUCAUUGAUUAGCCCUAUUUGUGACCCCAUCUCUUCAUAACGUGCUGUUACUAUGAGAUAGGGUCACAUAGCCUAGGCAUUGACGGAAAUGAGUUAAAUUAUAUCACCGUUUUACCUG